AUGGGCAGGGCAGAGGGCAUGGCAGGACAGGAUAGUAUUAUUAACAAGAUUAACGUAGUUCAUUAUUUGAAGCAUGGAUCGACGAUAAGCAGCAAGAUCAAGAGAGGUGUUGAAUACAGAUCUCGAUCCGGAGACCUCGAACAAAUUCCCUACUCGAUAGGAAACUCACAGCCAACUUAUCUCCUUUACUUCGAAGCCACCAAGAUGACGGGUCCGGUUAAUUCACUCGAUGCGCCUGGGCUCAAGGCAGAGGGGGAACUGUUACAAAGCAUGCGCAGAGAAGUAGCAGAUCUUCUGGGAAAGAAGGUACAUGGAUUCCCAGGCGCUCAGCCAGUAAGUUUUGCUCGCAAGCACUUGGUGGAGUUGACCAAGCAAGACUACUAUGUUUGCGAAAAGUCCGAUGGUAUGCGAUACCUCCUUUACCUCACUAUCGAUACCUUAGGGGAAGAGAUCCAGUACCUCAUCGACCGGAAGAAUAACUUUUGGUGGAUACCCAAAGGCGCCUUGCACUUCCCGGUCCCUGGUGACGUUACCAGAUUUCACAAGGACACGCUGAUAGAUGGUGAGCUUGUCUUCGACAAAGUACCUGGAGGGGGUACGGAACCCAAGUAUCUUGUAUUUGACUGCAUGGUGCUGGAUAAUAACAGCCUCAUGAACCGGACACUUGACAAAAGGCUUGCGUAUUUUAAGGAGCGGAUUUUUACUCCCUACACCAAAAUGAUGAGGGAAUACCCCGAUGAGAAGCAAUAUCAACACUUCAUUAUGGAGCUCAAGACGAUGGAAUUUGCUUACGCAAUGGAGAAAAUGUUUCAACACACUCUACCCAACCUACCACACGGCAAUGACGGGCUGAUCUUCACAUGCCGAAUGACAGACUACAAGCACGGCACAGACCAGAACAUCUUGAAAUGGAAACCGGAAUCGGAGAACUCGAUUGAUUUCAGGCUCUCUCUUGACUUCCCACUAGUACAGCCAGAUGCGCAGGACAUCGAGGAAGGCGUCACGAAGCCAUACUACGACUACGAUGCGGUACCAGUAUGCAAUCUCUAUGUCUACAAAGGAGAUAGGGACGACGAUCAGCACUGGGGAACCAUGUACCUCGACGACGACGAAUGGGAGUCACUGAAAAGCCUUCAGGAGCCCUUGGAAGACCGGAUUGUGGAAUGCUUCAUGGACUCGCAGAAGAGAUGGCGAUAUAUGCGCUUCCGAGACGACAAGGAUGUCGCGAACCAUAUCAGUACGGUCAACAGUGUGAUCGAGAGUAUCACCGACCGAGUCACCGAGAAAGAUCUGAUUGCGGCUGCAAAGGGCAUCCGGGACCAGUGGAAGCGGAGAGAGGCGGAGAAGCACGGCAGGGAGAAGAAAGAAGCAGAGAAUAACCGAAUGGCGAGCAUGGGCGUCAGUCACGGAGCUCCGAAGCGGAAGGCGGAGGAGCAAGGGCCCGGUAGGCCGUCACCUGGUCCUCCAGGAAAGGGAUGA